AUGGCUAGGGGGUUGGGAGUGGCUAACCCAGUAACUGGAUUCAAGGUUUGUGAAAAAAGAAUGGUGGCCAUGGUGCAGUUGAAGCUGGCGCUCGGUCGACCAGGCACGUCGAAGUGGUACGUUGCGGACUUGCAGGAAAACUUGCCGCUGGAAAUAUGGUGGGAUUUGCGCCUGCGAGCCGCGACAGCCCAGAGUUCCCAGCGACAUCUCGAGGGCCGCCCAGCGUACACCGGAUAUGAUUGGCAAGAGAAGCCGCUGCUCGAUCUUUUGCGGAGUACUAUGUAG